GGGCUCGGCGUGGCGGCGGCAUGGCCGAGGUGAAGGUGGCCGUGCUGGGCGGGAGCGGGGCCGGCAAGUCGGCGCUGACCGUGCGGUUCCUGACCCGGCGGUUCAUCGGGGAAUACGCGUCCAACGCCGAAUGCAUCUACACUAAACACUUGUGCCUGGAUGGGAGGCAGAUACACCUGGAAAUUUAUGACCCUUGUUCACAGCCACAGCAGGGGAAACUCUCCCUCACAGACGAGCUCCACUGGGCUGAUGGAUUUAUCAUUGUUUAUGACAUCAGUGACAGAGCAUCGUUUGCAUUUGCAAAAGCAUUGCUGUACAGGAUCCGAGAGUCUCACACAGGAGUUUGUAAAAAAAUGGUCGAGUCAUCUAUAUUUUUGGUUGGUAAUAAACAGGAUUUAUGCCACAUGAGGGAAGUUGGCUGGGAUGAAGGACAGAAGCUGGCAAUGGAUAACAAGUGCCAAUUCUGUGAACUGUCUGCAGCAGAACAUUGUCAGGAAGUUGUGGCAAUGUUCACGAAAGUCCUGAGGAAUAUCACUUCAAAUUUCAAAGUGAAAGAAAAGAGACGACCGAGUGGAUCAAAGUCAAUGGCCAAGUUAAUCAACAAUAUGUUUGGAAAGAGAAGGAAAUCUGUGUAAAAGAUGGUUAGUCUUGAAGUAGGAACAAGCUGAAAUAAUGGAGCAGAGGCAGCUCUUGGGAUUCAGUGAAUUUCCUCCAAAGGUUGGUAUCUGGAGGAGUAAGACAGUAGAGGCCAAAGGUGGGAGAUGGUAUGGUCAAGUGAAUGGUCUAGACCUAGAAGACUGACCUUCUAUUUCAAGUCCUACUCCAGAUUUACUGUGUUUAGGGCUGUGCCACUUAAACCAUAAGCUGCUCCAGAGGAGAGUUUGAUUCUGUAUUUAUUCAACACCAACAUGGUCUUGGGUAGAGCUUCUAGGUGCAACUGAAGUACAGUUAUUCCACAGAAUCACUUAUUUGGAAAACAUCUUUGAGUCCAAACAUUAACCUGACACUGCCAAAUCCACCACUGAGCCAUGUCCUUAAGUGUUCCAUAAUUUCCGAUAAACUCAGCCUUGCUGACCAAAAUCUUACUUCAGAAUUCUGAGAAGCAGUUGAAUUUUUUG